AAUAGUUGGGGAGCCAUGGAUGGGAGCACAAAACAGCCAGAAAAUUUACAGAAGAACUGGCUUCGGGAAUUUUACCAGGUUGUUCAUGCACACAGGCCACACUUCAUGGCAUUACACUGUCAAGAGUUUGGUGGAAAAAACUAUGAAGCUUCCAUGUCUCAUGUGGACAAGUUUGUGAAAGAAUUAUUAUCAAGUGAUGCAAUGAAAGACUAUAACAGAGCCCGGGUUUACCUGGAUGAGAACUACAAAUCGCAAGAACAUUUUACGGCUCUAGGAAGCUUUUACUUUCUUCAUGAAUCUUUGAAAAACAUCUACCAGUUUGAUUUUAAAGCUAAGAAGUAUAAGAAAGUUACUGGAAAAGAAAUCUACUCAGAUACAUUAGAAAGCACGCCUAUGCUGGAAAAAGAGAAGUUUCCGCAGGAUUAUUUCCCUGAGGUAUGUAUAUUCCAAUAA